CAGAACAAAGUGGAACUAAAUAUCAAUAUGGAAGCACUGUAUAUCGAAGGCAUUGAAGGACAUCAGAGCCGACGGCUCUUCACGUGACGUCAUUACUACUGGGACGACUGGGACCGGUAAUGUGUAGCAAGUGUGAUGAUACAUGUGUGGAGUAAAUUAGUAUAGUAUUAUUAGAAAAAUGCAUAAAGCAACCGAACCGAUAAAAUGGAUAUUCAUAUAUUUCUCUCUAUCUCAAUGCGUGGCCACAAGGCGUAUUCUCGAAGACUCAAGACCACACUUUUUUUUACAUGCAGGUGAUAUUGUGGAGAAUAAUGGCCCUGGAUUAAAAACAUAUUGCUAUAAUGCUAAUACAAAGUACUUAACACAAAUAUGGAGAACUAUGACUAUGCAUUUGAACAUCAAUACGAACUCCUAUGUUUUAUACGACGGCAAAACACCUCAGGAAAUUCAUCAAAAGCAUGAUGAAAAUAAGAGAUCAUGGAACUUUAACUGGUUUGAUACUGGAAAACAUAAGCAAUUAAGAAUUAAUCCCUUUGAAAAUACAUGUAUAGGAAUUUACAUAGAUACUCCCAUUGAGUCUGAAUACAUAAUAACUCUUGAAGAAACACGUAUCGAUGUUUGGAGUUUGACAAUGAUGAUAAUAGGUAUCAUAAUUUUCUGGUUUGCGCGGAGAUUAAGUCGGAAUUCUUUAUUUUACUAUACUUGUGGCAUAACUUGUGGAGUGACUCUAUCUCUUGUAAUUUUGAUAUAUAUGGCAGGAAAAUUAAUACCACGGGGAAAAGUUAUGUACAUAAUGAUUUCUGUAUCAAUGAGUGUUUAUCUUGCUCAAAUGCUGUGGGACAAUGCACAAUUAAUUCUAGUUCAAUAUAAAGAAUGGCUGAUAUGGUAUAUUCUGUUUACAUCUACGAUUAGUUUCAUAAUAUGCUAUCGUUUUGGUCCAGUUACCAAUCCAAGAACAAAACAAAUAAUACAGUGGUUUUUACAGCUUGUGGGAUUGAUAUUAAUAUAUAAAAGCAGUCACUUUUACGAAGCAUCUUUUUCAUCUUGCUUUGUAUUCAUACUUCUUUAUAAUUAUUCUAAAGCAAUAUUUGAAAGAGGAAAAAAAUAUUGGAGAAACAUUUUUCCUGAAAAACGAAAAUUGUUAAAUGAUGAUCAAUAUCGUGAAGAAGGAAUACGGCAGACUAGGAAAGCUUUAAAAGAAUUGCAGAACUAUUGUUCUAGUCCCGAAUGUAAACCUUGGAAAACGAUGUUAAAACUGAAAGAUCCUAUAAGGUUUGCGAAAUUUAUGGAAGGAGAAUCUCAUUUAUCAGAAAAUGAAAUCGAUGAACAUGAAGAAGAGGUUUCAAAAAUUUUGGACAAAGAUGAAUACACAGACGAUGAAGACGACUCUUACUAAAAGUGCUUAAAUUAAAAUUAAUUGUUAACGUUUGGCUAUUUGGGUAUGUGUAAAUAUAUAAAACAUACGAAAAUAAAA